AUGGCAUCAUCGCAAUUUCAGGCUUCCACGAUCCAGCCAAUCUACCCAGUUAAAAUGUUUCCUGUCAGUUUCCGCUUGGUCAAAGAUUCCAGCGCAAUUCCACAUGCUGGUGGCAUGAGGGAGCGUCAGGGUACUAUUUACUUAGCUCCAAACGAUAUGUAUAUCUUUGGUAGAAGCGGUUGGGUUCGAUGGGAUCCCAAAGACACUCUUCAUCUUACUGUUGCAGGAGAUGAAUGCAUGAUUGCACCUUGCCCCAUCAAUGGGAUCCGGCUGCUGGCUAAUGAUACAUCCUAUCCCCACUACCUCACAUCCAUGGAAGUGGAAUUUCGCAGAAUCGGAUUCCAACACCCCCCAACGAAUGCUGACAUCCUGUGGCUCAUGGGGAUGCAAUUUUCCAAUCCCAAAUCCAAAUCCCAGGAUUUGGAGAAGCAGGGCGAAGGUGUCAUUGGCAGGGCUCAAAAGCCACCUGCAGAGGAUGCAGUCCCUAUGCAAGAAGCUGCUGAAGAUGCCAAACCCAUCGCUGAGUGGGUUCCUUUCCUCGAUCAAAUCACCUGCCCACCGGAUACGAAGGUGAUCGAUUGGGAAUCAUUGGAUAUAAGAACAUAUGCUCCAUGGUUCAGUAAAGUGGACUGUGAUGCGGUCGAGUACAUGUCCAAGGCCGUAUCUGCCACUGAAUACCAGUAUGGACAUGGGUGGACGAUGCUAGUGGAGCUGAAGUAUGAUGGGGACAAGGGCUCACUCGCACAGCUAAUCGACAACAUCAGCGAUUCACUGUCAAGGGGAUGUGCAGUGUUGGUCAGGGGAUGGAAGCUGAAUAAUCCACCCCUCGACUUCACUUGUGAAGACAUUCGCUUCUUCCACCUGACGAUAUCACAGGAAGUCGUCGUUCAAGAUGCAUUAAAGCAUGCAGAGCAGCAGGAGGCAAAGGGGGGGCCAGACAUGAGCAAAGUUUUUGAAGUGCUCAGCAGAGUAAAAUUCAUUGAGCUUGCAGACGAUGAAAAUACAUGCAUGAACCUCCUUGACUUCCCAAAUACCCAGCCUGAGGUUCCCAUAUUCCUCAGGCAACUAUCCGACAAUGUAAAUGCAAAGACCAUGACCAUGAACGACGUUUAUCUCCCCCAUUCUGGUAAGAACGCGGGAAAAUCAUAUUAUGGCGUGCAGGUGGUCUUGGGGGAUGUCAAACGACUUCGUGGAUGGGAUCUACUGACACAUGGGGGUUUUGUCACAUACCCUCACCAUGAUGCGGCGGGGCUAUGCACAUACAUCACCGUACAGUCCGGCAGCAAGAUAUGGGGUUAUUUUGACACCCCUGGAAGUCAGGAUGCACGCAGAGAGAAUCUAUUCAAGGCCUGGGAUGAUAUUUUUGCUGACAACGUCAAUCUUAAGUUCCACAAGUAUCCUCUCAGGACCAUUCAUCUUCAACGUGGAGAUACUCUGAUUCAGCCUCCCAGGGCUAACCACAUGGUGUACACUCCACAGAAUGGCCUCACGUCCGGGGGUCAUUUCCUUUCAUAUUCCACCAUGCAUCUCACGGAGAUCGCAAUCAAUUAUGACUGCUCAAAGGUUCCUGAAGGCAAACAGACCAUGCGUGGGCUGGCAGGCACUAACGCAGUGCAUCCAGCAAUACAUCGCAUCAUCGUAUGGAUGGUACUGGCCCUUCCGAUGAUGGCGAAGGACAGAACGAGGACAUUUUACCACAGGCCACUGCUGGCCAUGAUUUCACUGAUAGAGAGCAAGAAAGGAAAGUACAAGUCGGCCGAAGAUGCGGAUCAUAUGCCUGCCAUGGAUGAGAGGGAUAACAUGAGGAAAGAGAUAGCCAAUGAGUCGGAAGCAGCGAAGAAAAUAAUAUUGCAUCUCAAGAAGGCCCUUCAGGUAAUGGAUGCCGAAAAAGAACUGGAGACGGGUUCAUGGUGGGAUCGUGGACCGGUAUGCGAACUCUUUAACAUCUUCGAAAAAUACAAAUCUGCAUAG